GCCGUGCGUUUCACCCUGCUCAUUACUCACAGCCUGACAGCAGAGUGAGCAAAGAGACACAGGUUUUCAUUGUGGCUUCGAGGAUUGAGUUUACGGUUUGUACUGUUAUAUAAUUUCGUUUUCGUUUGGUGUCUCGGCGGCGUGAAGCUUCGCUGUUGUUGAACCAGCCGCUCAAAACGGAAUGGCCGAGCCGAGCGCCCGAUAUCAGCAGCUGCCCAAUGAGGAGGACCCAGAAGGUCCACAGAUAGCAGCUGAUGCUCCACCUCCAUACAGCAGCAUCGCAGCGGACAAUGCUGCCUACUUUGACUACAAGGAAGACGGGGCUUUCCCCAAACCGCCAUCAUACAACGUAGCUACUACGCUACCUUCCUAUGAUGAAGCAGAAAGAACCAAGGCCGAGACUACUGUUCCCCUGGUAACUGGAAGACAGCAGCCUCAGCACAGGGAGCGCCUGGAGACUUUUGACGAUGUAAUUCGCAGUUCACUGGAGGACGAAGACUUUGUGACCAGAGACGACUUUGAGGACGCUGAUCAGCUGAGGAUAGGAAAUGACGGCAUCUUCAUGCUCACAUUUUUCAUGGCAUUCCUGUUCAACUGGAUCGGUUUCUUCCUGUCUUUCUGUCUGACCACCUCAGCGGCCGGCCGCUACGGGGCCAUCUCAGGCUUUGGCCUCUCCCUCAUCAAAUGGAUCCUCAUAGUCAGGUUCUCCACAUACUUCCCCGGUUACUUUGAUGGACAGUACUGGUUGUGGUGGGUGUUCCUGGUGUUGGGCUUCUUGCUCUUCCUUCGAGGAUUCAUCAACUACGCCAGAAUCCGCAAGAUGGCCGACACCUUGUCCACCCUGCCCCGCACCCGUGUCCUCUUCAUCUACUGAGCUCACAAUCCAUCAGUUUCCAUCGUCAUCAUUUUCCCCUGACUUUUCAGUAAGACUUACUGUCUGGCUUUGUUCAACCAAAAUGGGAGAAAAGAACUUUUUUCCCCUCCCUCUGCUUGAAAUAAUUUGGACAAUACCAUGCCUAUUGUCCCCUUUUGGUGUAAAAUAGUGAAAGCUGAGAAAUCUGUAAAACCCUUCAGUUAUUAGUGGUGACCUGUCAAGUGCUAUUUGCAAUUAUGAAGUGUGUGAUGUAUAAAUUAAGGCCUUAUUUACAGUUUGACUAUUCAUUGGUAGCAGCAGCAUGUGCUGCUCUCCUGUGUAGCCACCAGGGGGCAGUCUUGUUUGUGUUAUUUAUCAGCAGUCUUCUAUCUGAUGGAUAGAGAAUUGGUUCUCACCCCAGAGGUCAGUGGGUAAUUUUGGGGUUAUGGGUUGAUUUAUGCAGUGUGAAAUAAUAAUAUUUUACGUACUGAUUUUUAUGUGGUUUUAACCUUUCUGACCAAUAUUUUUUGUCCCUUGUGAAAUAAUAUAUAUGGUUGAGGACCAUCUGUAUAGAAGAUCAGGGGCCGGGUUUCCCCUGGACCAUUUUUUCCUCAUCUAUUUAGGAAUUGUCUAUUCUUAUGCACACUGUAAGGAAUAUGUUUCCUUCUAAUAUGAUACAUGUACAUCAGCAGAUAGGUGAAGCUGCAGGGAUGUCCAGGGUUGCCAGGAGGAGCAGAGCUUCUUGGGCAGGCUGGGAAUCCCCGCCUUGCACACAGACACAGUGAUAAGGAUGGAAUAAUGUGGAAAUUGGACAGUUCUGGUUAAAUAAACGAUUCCGACACCCAAUCUUAGUCACUUGCACCCCAUUAGUUUCCAAAGAGGAAAAAAUGAUUGUGUUGCCAGAUGUGAUUAGGAAACCCAGCCCUGCGAUGAAGAAUGAAUAUAUUAAUAUAGAGCAGAGUUGUUGUUUUUUCCUUUUUGACGUUGCAACAAAAUAUUAAAAAGGCCAUUGUUUUUAUGUUCACCCUCA